CAAUGAAAGGAACCCCUAAAAGUCCCAACAUAUAGUACUCUAGAGCCAUGAACUCUAAAAAGAACCAAAGAACCAAACACAAAUUCCCAAAUUUAGGAACAGAGAAACUUAACAACAAAAAAUACUUAAGCAUUUAAAGAAGGGAAAACCAAAUGGUAAAAUCAACUGAAAUUAGUGGUGUAUUUAUCGUAAAAGAAGUAAUUAUAACAACGAUUAAUAGUUCGAGAUGAUGAGGAGGGAAGAAGAAGAAGAAGGAAGAGUAUCGUCAUCAUUAAGUAGCAGUAGAUGUCAAGAUUGUGGAAAUCAAGCCAAAAAAGAUUGUACAUAUAUUAGGUGCAGAACUUGCUGUAAGAGUCGAGGGUUUCAUUGUGAAACACAUGUUAAGAGUACUUGGGUCCCUGUCUCCACAAGGCGUCCCAGGCACCAUCUUCUUCAUCACACUACUAUUCAGCAACAGCAGCUUCAAAAUGGGCCAAACCCUAAAAGAUACAGAUCAAAUGAAGGUGAUGAUCACGAAGGAGGUAAUUUUCCGGGGGAAGUGAGUUCUCCAGCAGUAUUUCGAUGUAUUCGUGUAAGUUCGAUAGAUAAUGUGGUUGAUCAAUAUGCAUAUCAAACAUCAGUGAAGAUAGCAGGACAUGUUUUUAUAGGAAUAUUAUAUGAUCAAGGACCAGAUAACGAGAGUCCUCGUUACAACAAUUAUAUGGCUGGAGAAAGUUCGUCAAGUGGCUUUCAGCUUCAUCAACCUCUUAUUUUACCUCCUACUACUACUACAACUUCUCCACCACCAUCAACUUCGACUUAUCCCAAUCUAUUUAGUGCUUUUAAUAUGCCUGGUACGCAAUUUUUUCAAUACCCAAAAUCAUCUUGAAAUAAACUUUCUUUCAUCAAUUUAACUUAUAUACAUUUAUUAAUUACCAUUUAAAUGUUGUAUUCUGAGGUAAGACGUAGCCCCCUUAUCUGUAUCUUUUGUUGGAAUAUAACAUACACUACCUUUUGGUAGUUAAACCAAAUAAAUAAAAUAAAAAUACAUUGACAAUGUCACUGUAUUUUAAAAUUUAUUAUGGAUGAUUAUUUGUACGAACCUAAUUUAAUUACCCUUCUAGUUAUCUCUCGGUAUUUUGUUAUGUGCAGUGCAAUGGUAAAAGUUAAAACAAUGUGCAUUGAACAUUGAACAAAAAGGUAAGAGAUAAAGAAAAAAAAAGAUUAAAAAAAAGUAUAAAAUUCUAAUGAGGAAUUAUUGGUUGGCAUAUGGUUCUGCAGUUUGUCUUAUCAUGAAUUUCCCCCAUCCAAUUGUUCUAAUCUUUGAUUAAGGGAAUUAAUUAUGUCUGAUUUACUGGUUGUUUAUGAAUAUCGAAGCCACUUUUCUCCUGAUUACCCGUUUCUUUGCCGGUUUAAAAUGCACGUAUCCUUUUUAAUGGACACAAGGACAAUAAGUGAUUCUUGGACCAUAUAUUUUAAUCAUCAUGAUGAGUUUUACUUUUUUCUAUUACUCAUAACUAACAGUAGAGUAAUUUUAUUUUUAUUUACACUCUCGCAUUAAUUAAAAGAGACUAUGUACGUAGAGAAUAAAUAAGACAGGACAACAUAUUAUAACAGAUUAAAGUAACAUUUUAAUUUACAUUAUGAAUGCAUAUAAUUUGGAAUCAUAAUUUUAAUGUAUUUAGGGUGUGCAAGUGACUUCACCCUCCCCCAGUGACCAAUUAAUUAUAGGCCAUCGUGGGGAAAGUCCUUUUCUUGAUUUCUUUUAGAGUUAAUUAACACAAUAACCAAAUCAUAGAAGAAAGUAGGCACUGAUGCUUACCCACUAUAGCUGUCCCCUUGUUGCACGUAAAAAGUUCAACAUAAAAAUCCAAGUUUUCAAAAUUAAAUUAUGGUGUUACAGAAAGAAUGAAAAUUGUUAGUGUUAUUGAAGAGUCUUACAUCUAUUGGUUUAUUAAGAGAUAUAUAGUCUCUUUAAUAUGAUUUGGGUGGUUGCUCAAGAUCCAUUGUUUCUUUACUGUUAUACUAUGAACUCAAAUAGGUACACCAUUCUCUUUGUAUACAUCUUUAUUUCUAUGUCAAUUAUGUGUAAAUUGUAAUUGUUGUGUUCUUCUUCUUAUUGAUUUGUGAUACGUCUAUUAUUCUAUGACAUUAGAGUUAUAUUUAUAUCUAGGUAGCUAGUUCGUAAUUAAUGCUUAAGAUGCCUUCGAUGAUAAGCAAGUGUUAGACAUUGAUCAUUGUAGCACUUAGGACAAUGUAAGGGAAUCCUUGAUUAAUGUAAGGGGCCCUCAAAUAUGAUUAAUACUUAAAUUUAAGUAUCUUGAAGCAAAAAAAAAAAAUGUUGGGUGGGCAUCUUGUGUUAGAAGAUACUGACUUGAGGCAAAGAAAAAAAAAGUAGUUAGUAAAGCCUCAUUUUUAACCUUUAGAGAUAUGCACACACCAAUACAAAGGUAAAGGUUGAUGCCCCUAUCAAUGACACAAUGUUGGAAUAUAUACCUCUAAGUGAUGAAACUAAUUAAGAACUAGGAGAAUAAAUUAAAUGGAUAUAUUGUAAGGGGAGUGUAUGUUGAAAUUUGAGUCUAUAUAUUAUAUUGUUUUUAUAAUUGUAACAUCCGGAUUAGAUUGAACCUACUAAUUUUAUGGGGGUGUUUGCUAUCUAAUAAAAUUUGAAUUUUGGGAUUUGAUUGAUUGAUUCUCCGCGAGUUUUUGUAAUUGAUCUGUUGCUGAGAUUUGAAAGUGAAAUUUUAUAGUUUUCAAUAAAAUUUAUUUCAUUGAUUACUAGGUCAUAUUUUUGAGUGUGAAAUAUGUGAUUGUCUUAUUUUGAAAUGUUUACCAC